CAAGUAGUCUUAUGCGUCUUCACAUCAGGCGUGGCCCCCGUUCUUCAGCCACUGGUUUGUUACCGAUACUCUCACGCGCAAAGGUGCUGACCUGGUCGUGUUUAGGUGUUGCCGACGCGAGAGAGUGUCACGAUGGAGAAGAAAAUUGGGGCUUUGAAGCAAAUGGUGAAGAAACACAGCCCCAAGAGGGAGGACCUGGACCCCCGGAAGUGGAUGAAGCAGGAGCCAGUGAAGGCCUUUACCGAAUUUGUAAUGAACAAGCACUCGGAACCAGAGGCCGACAACAGCUUUGACCACCAAGAGAUGUUGCUGCAUACAGAGAAGCAGUUCAUAGAGGCAGCAAAGACCAACGACGGCGCCAUGAAGACCCUGGGGAAGGGCUUGAAUGCCAACGCCGUGAAUGUGCACAACAGGACCGCCCUCCACUACGCGGUCGCCGGCAACAAGGAGGCGGUGGAGCUGCUGUUGCGGCGCAGGGUUCGAGUGGAUCAUAGGGACAAGUUUGGCGUGGCACCGAUUCACUUAGCGGCCUGGUUUGGCAACUUGGAUAUCCUGAAAUUGUUAGUGCGGGCCGGGGCCGAACAAAAGAUUGAGAAUGAGGAAGGACUGAACAUCAUGCAUUGUGCUGCUGUCAACAACCACACCGACAUAAUGGAGUACAUCGUCAACGACCUGCAGAUGAAAGAACUGGACAAAGACGACCAGUCAGGAAACUGUACCUUCGCCACUGCGGCAGAGCACGGUUGUGUGCAGAUGUUGGAGAUGCUAAUGGAGUCCGGCUACAACAUGGCCACCAUGAAGCCAAACAAGAGAGGAGACACGCCCCUGCACUUAGCUGCAAGAAACGGCCACUUGGACGCCGUCCAACUGCUUCUGCUAAGCUUUGAUACUCGGGAUGAAGUUAAUAUGGACGGUGAGACGUCCCUGUACCUGGCUGCAGACAGCGGUCAGGAACAGUGCGUCUUGGCAUUGCUGCAGGCCGGCUGUGACCCCAACAUCCAAACAACAAGAAAAACCAGUGCUCUUCAUCCAGUGUCAGAAAGAGGAGACACGGCUCUGGUCCAACUUCUCUUAGAAUAUAAAGCCUACACAGACUUUCAGAAUGAGGAGAUGGAGGUUCCUCUCCACCUGGCAGUGAAGAACAGCCACUUGGCGGUCAUUCAUUUCCUCCUGGAGGCAGGUUGCAACAUUAACUCCAGCAAUAAGAGGUCUCAGACCGCCAUGCACCUGGCUGCGGAGUUGGCCAGAAUAGACGUGGUGGAAAUGCUGCUUAAAGCUGAAGUGGAUCUGACACUCCAGGACCGGCAGGGCAAGACGGCUCUGGAUGUGGCAGCCCGAGCAGGCGAGGUGAUCAUGGUGGACAUGAUUGUCAAGGCAGAACGAUAUCAUGCAUGGAAGACGGCUAACCCAGAGUUUAAUGACAGUUUUCUCAGCGAGUAUCCGCUAACGUUCAAACUGGACCACCGCGAUGAGACCAAGAAGUUCCGCUCUAUGGCCUGGCGCCUGACCUACCAGCUCCUGAAGCCGGCAGACUGGAAGAGCCUGGCUGAACACUGGGGAUUCACCCAGGACCAAGUGUCCGCCAUUGGGAGACAGUGGACAGGUCAACACAGUUACAAAGAACAUGGCAACAGGAUGCUUCUGAUUUGGCUCCAUGGAGAGGAGUUGGCCCGGAAAAAUCCUAGUGUAGAACUCUAUCAGGCUCUUGUCACCACUGGCAAUAGCAAAGCUGCAGAUCGGAUGCAGAUGGAAUCAGAGAGUGUCAGCCGCAGAAACUGCAGAGUUUCAUGAUUGAUCACGUUAGUUUACAUCAAUUGUCAGACACGCUUGUACAGUAUAGAAAGACGCUCUAAAAUAAUUUAUUACAAAAAAACAAGAGACAGGUACAAACAGGAUGGCUUUGGUCUCACUAACAAACACUGUAUGCUUCCUCAUUUUACAUGCACUUUUUAAAAAAUAUAAUAAAAGUGAACAUUUUACUUAUGAAGUUAAUUGUCUUUUUACAGCAGGUACAGUGCUACCUCGGCUUAUGAGUUUAAUCGGUUCUGUGACUUAGCUUAUAAAUAUUCGAACUACAAAUCAAUAUUCCCCAUUGCAAUUAAUUUAAAUCAUCUUCUGGUCGGACAUUAAAGGGUUCAUUGCAACAUUACUAGUGGUGCAGAGUCUAGUAAGCCAAGGUACUACACUACAUGAAUUGAUCAGUGCAAAUGUCACUGAAAAAAAUAAUGCAUUUUUCUACAAUAAAAACAUCAAAGACCACUUUUAAAAGGUUUUAAGCACCGCCCACAAAAAAAAGGAAUUGUUGCAUAGUGAGUUAGGGGUUUUCAAAGUGGGACAGACCUCUUCUGCUGGUCUAUGUGAGAGGUGUGUGUGUGUGUGUGUGUGUGUGUGUGUGUGAUUAGUCAACUACUUUGAUGGAGUGUACGUUACAAGUGCCAGGGUGUGCUUUGGAGGACGUCUUGGGGGUACGAGGACCUGGUUGGGAAGAGCGAGGAUAUCUGGCUGCAGGCGAUUGACCACCGAUGAACUUGUAUGAUAGAGAUGUAUAUUAGAAUAUGGAGAUAUACUUCACCCUGUAUGACUCAUACCUGUGUAGUAGGCUGGUGGCGUUCUACCACGAUUGAACACAUGGAUGGCGCCACACCCAUGACUCUGAGGUUACUACGUGCGCUCUUAUCGGGAACAUUUUGGGCUGUAAUGCGAGCGGUUAUGGUUUUUGCUGCCUUCUGUUGGCUGGAGGUGACCACACGCCCACUGGCCUGUGACGACAAGAACACCUUUGAAGAUGUACUGAAACAACAGGAUUAUUUUCAAAGAGCAAAAUACUGCGGCUCGACCUGU